CUUGAAGGUCUCGACCUUCUCCUUCUCCACUCAGCCUCAAACUCCGAGGUUCUGCCUAUCCCGAUGGGCGGUUUCGUUGUUGCUGCUCAGGACAGUGGAAGCUGUCGAGACACGUGACGAUGGCACCUCCGAGCGCAGCUGUCUCUUUCAAAAAGAAAGAUGGCAGUCUGAGUCUGACCGAAGAUGAGGCGACGCUGGUCUGGACCCCCGCUGAAGCGAGUGUUCCGGGACAAAACAUCGCUGUGUCUACGAUCACCAAUUUACAGCAGACGCCGAUCUCAAAUCCAAAAGUGAUGCUUAAGGUCUUUGCCACCGCUCCAAAUGCCCCUCCUAAUAGCGAUGCCAUUGCCUAUACAUUUUUAUUUACCGCGCCGACGAAUGCACGCUCGCAGGCCGACGCCUUCAAAGAUGCCCUCAGCGUUCGGGUUAAUGCGGGGAAAGCAGGGACACCUUCACAGACGUCCACGCCAGUUCCCAGUGGUGGGGCGGGGGUUUCAGCAGCUAUGGCGAUAGCAAAUGCUGUUUCGUCAGGUGGAUCAGUCCAGAACCCGUGGGACGAUGAUAACCGCUUGAAGGGUGACGUGGAGCUACAACAGUCUCUAUUGAAGGCUGACGCUAUGUUACAACGGAUGUUCAUGGAGUCCUUACACACAAAACCGGACACUUUAUCUUCUGGCCAGUUCAUGUCACAAUUCUGGUCUACCCGGCUGCACCUUUUACGAGCUCAUGCGAUCGAACGCGCCCAGACUCGUGGAUCCUACAACGUGCUCUCAUCGUUGAAGCCGCGUGUUGAGGAAAAUGUGACUCGAUUGAAUAUUAGCAAGGAACAAAUCCAGCUUAUUUUCUCGCAGCACCCGCUUGUUAAGCAUGUUUACGACGAGAAUGUUCCCAAGCUGAGCGAGCAGCAAUUCUGGUCGCGAUUCUUCCAGAGUCGAUUGUUCAAAAAGCUGCGUGGAGAGCGGAUUGGAGAAGCGGACGCCACCGACGCUGUGCUGGAUAAAUAUCUUCGUGAAGAAGCCGCCGUCAAAGAACGUGAGGCCAAUAUGCCACACUUCCUGGAUCUUGCGGGCAAUGAAGGGCAUAACAGUCAACGCCGUGGAAACCGGCCGGACCUGGACAUGCGCCCCUCUGCCGUGGAUAAGGUUCCUAUCAUCCGAACUUUGAACAGCCUCAGUGAAAAAAUUAUGGCCAACGUGGCACCUGCAGAUGGCGACAUCAGUGCCCCCAUUGGGAUGAACGAGGAAGCAUGGGCAAAAUUGCAACUGCAGGACCUCCGUGGAGAUGAGGAGCAAGCUCGUAUUACUCUCAACAUCCGUGACCAGAACCGUUUCUUCUCGGCGGCAAAGGAUGAUGACCAAAAUCGAGCCCUCGCGAAACAGGACCCUGAUCAAGUUUUACAGCUCCUUCGCACAGAGGUCGCACAAAACCUCCCGCCCGGCGGAGCUACAGCUCUCCAAAAGUUAGUCGAUCCUGGUGACGAUGAAGAUGAGGAGAUGGAAGAUGCCCCUGCUAGCCGACGCCCCGUUGGCUCAUCCGCGGCCUUGCAUGCCGCAUUUGCCCAAAUUCUCGACGCAGUACGUGACCAACGUAACCAGAUGACCGAGACAUCAGUAUCCGACACCUACGGGCUUUCUCCUGCACUUUAUGAUCGACUAACAUUGACGCACGCGACCUCGACCGAAUUUCUGCACCAAUUCUGGCAAGCCUUCCUUUCGGGCGACUCCGAUCGUGCAGGUGAGGUCCAGUCAUUAUCGGAAUCAUUGCUCCGUGCGAAGGCACGGAUUGAAGCCGUCGCAGAGUCUGCAGAGGCAGAACGUCAAGUUGAAGUUGACCGCGUCAAACAACAUGCGCGCGAUGUGUUCGAGCGCACUGGACGUAAGCUGCGACCGAACCUGGAUAGCAUUGAGGGCGGCGCAAAAGCAGUUAAUCAGCUGCUUGGUCCCACAUUGCAUGCCUUAGAGUUAGCAUCGAAGCAAUACCAAACGGCUUUGGCGGAGGAAACGAAAGAAGCGGCGACAUUGUCUGUGUAG